AUGAUGCGACCAUUGUUUACACUCGUCCUAGCUUUCUUUUGUGGUCUGGCAGAUACUGUUGUAUCCCCACAAAAUUUUCUGAAGACCUUUACUUUAGAAGAACUGGUGCCUUUGCAGCCUGAUUUCUUCCCUUUGCGAGUAUCUGCCGAUUGGAUAUCAGAUACGGAGUAUUUAAUAGUGGAACCAGGAUCGAUAAAUAAAUACGAUGCCGUAACUGAUAAUUUUUCUACCAUCCUCGAUCAAUCUGAAUUAGACAAUUUAAGCCGUUUCUCCGUUUCGUCCUUUUCAAAUGACCAGAAAUAUUUACUCCUUAUUACGAAUAAGAAAAAGGUGUAUCGAUAUUCAACCUUGGCAGAAUACUCGGUGUACAACCUUGAAAAUAAGUCCAUUGUAAGCAUAGGCAAUGGUUCGCUUCAAGUGGUUAUCUGGGGCAACGACCACGCGCUUGCCUACGUGCAAGACAAUAACGUAUAUUACGUGCCCGAUGUCUCUAAUCCUGCUGAUGUUACACCACUUACUACUGAUGGAAUUUUAGGCAACAUAUACCAUGGAGUUACUGAUUGGAUAUAUGAGGAGGAAGUGUUUAAUGCAGCGGAAGCGACUUGGUUUUCGCCUAACGGAACCUAUUUGGCUGUUGCUUCCUUUAAUGAUACCCAAGUGGAAUCGGCUGUAUACCCGUACUACGGAGAACCUUCCGAAAUUGAUAAUCAAUAUCCCAUUUUGGUUCAUUUUAAAUAUCCUAAGGCAGGUCGCACUAAUCCUGUAGUAGGACUGCGUGUAUUUAAACUUAAUGAGUCAAACAUUGAUAUGAUGACCAUACCAGCGCCAGUAGACAUAAUUGGUUUGGAUCAUAUAUUGGGAAGAGUGAACUGGGCUACUGAUCAAAAUCUUGUUGUGUUGUGGCUCAAUAGAAGACAGAGCGUUAGCGUUUUAGUUAAUUGUGAUUUAAAUUUAGACAAGUGCACAAUCUUAAAGCAAGAGACUGAGCCCAAUGGAUGGAUUGAUAUUGCUACACCAUUUUUUGAUUCAACCGGUUCACAAAUGUUGGAAGUUCGACCACUGCCCCACAAAGAACAGAGAUUUAUGCACUUGGCACGUUUUGAUUUCAAUACUAUGAAAACUGAAGAUCUUAGUCCUGGAAACUCAACUGUAACUGAGAUUUUGGGUUGGGAUCAAGAGACAGAUACUGUUUAUUACAUAAUAUCACCGGGAACGGAGCCGUGGAAAAGACAGUUAUGGGCAACAACAGAAGGAAAAAUGAAAUGCAUUUCUUGUAACAUGCCGGGAUGUAAUUAUGUUGAUGGCAUAUUUUCACCUGGUGGUAGUUAUGGGAUCGUUUCUUGUAGCGCUAUAAACAUUCCUCCAGUAACUUACUUCUUUAUUGGUCAGACGAAAACCUUCAAACUUUUAACAGAGAAUGCAAGAUUAUUAGAUAGGUUGAGUCAUUACAAGUUACCUAUGGUUUUGUUCAACGUGGUAACUUUAGAAGAGGACUUAAAGGCACAUGUCAAGUUACUUUUGCCCCCGGAAAUGAAACCGGGGAAGCAGUAUCCUAUGAUCGUGAGAUUGUACGCCGGUCCCGGAACGACUAGAGUUAGGGAUAGUUACGACCUGGAAUACUACAACACGUAUUUGAGCAGCAAUCGCAGCUUCAUAGUGGCGUCAAUCGAUGUAAGGGGAUCUGGCGCGAUGGGAGUAGAGGCAAUGCACGCGCUCAACAAUGCUCUAGGGACUGUUGAAAUUACAGAUACUUUAGCUGCUAUCAGGAAACUGAUUAAAACAUACCAAUUUAUCGACCCUGAUCGAAUUGGUAUAUGGGGCUGGAGUUAUGGUGGGUACGCGAGCACCAUGAGUUUAAUCAAAGAUGAGGAGAAGACACUGGCUUGUGCUGCUGCUGUUGCCCCAGUCACAUCUUGGCUUUACUAUGAUACUAUAUAUACCGAGAGGUACAUGGACACGCCUCAAAACAAUCCUUCAGGAUAUGAAGCCUCAGAUCUGAUGGUUGCGGCAGAGAAGCUACGCGGCCGACGCUACCUGCUAAUACACGGCACUGGCGACGACAAUGUGCACUACCAGCACAGUAUGCAGCUGGCUAAAACGCUACAGAGAGCCGAUAUAGAAUUUGAGCAAAUGAGUUACACUGACGAAAACCAUUCUUUGCGAGGUGUGAGUCGACACUUUUACCACAUGUUAGAUCACUUUUGGAGUUCCGACAAAGCCUCUGCUCUAGUCGAAUGCGGCCCCGACCUGGAAGAUCGUGGAAUUUGUGCUGUCGAUCCUUGCGAUCCUGACAAGUCUUUUGCUGAGCCUCGAGUUGUGAUAAUUGGAGCUGGUAUGGCGGGCCUCUCAGCUGCAGCUAGGCUUUCACAGCGAGGCAUUAAUAAUAUUGUCGUUUUGGAGGCAUAUGAAAGGCCAGGCGGUCGAAUACAUUCUUGUUGGUUGGGUGAUAUAGUAGCAGAAUUAGGUUCUAGUGGAAAAUCAGAGAAUGUUACCAAACAUCCAGUUUACACUAUGUCAGCGAAGGAAAACCCACCUAAACCUGGCUUGCCUGGCGUUGAAAAUUCGCGCGGCCUAUUUAAUAAAGUAGUAACUGGAAAAAUGGCAUUUCCCCCUGCGGUUACUGCGUAUUAUAAAUUUCGCCAAAUUGAAGAAGAGGCAGCUAAAAUUUUCUGCCUCGGUGGAAAUAAGCAACACGGUUCAUUAAUAAAUUUUAUGAGUCUUCGAAUUCAACAGGAGCUUCAUGAAUAUCCAGAGGAACAGCAACAUGAUGCAGCCAGGAUAAUGUUUGGCCUAACCCAUAUGUUACGUGCCCGAUGUGCUGAUGAUACUUCAAUGCUAUGCGCUGAUCAUUCAGGGUGUUUUAUGAAUAUGCCUGGAGGUGAGGUACGUGUGCCACUAGGAUUGACUGGUAUUUUGGCACCUUUAUUAAGACAGAUUCCAGAAGGUGCAAUUCGCUAUUGCAAGCCAGUUAAUUGUGUUUACUGGGGCACUUGCCAAAAAUCUGGAUAUCGUGCCACAGUAUGCACUACAGAUGGCGAAGAAUUUCCUGCUGACUAUGUCAUAACUACAGUAUCUAUAGGUGUGUUAGCAGCUAAUUCUGCACGAAUGUUUUGCCCAGCAUUGCCAGCUUCUAAAAUAGAUGCUCUGAGGUGUUUAGGAUUUGGAUAUUGCAAUAAAAUUUUUUUAGAAUACUGUCGGCCAUUUUGGUAUUGGCAUAAAGGUGAAUUAAAUUUUAAAUUCAAUCCUAAUAGCUUGGUUAAUCGUACUGACUGGACGCGUGGUGUUAGUGAAAUACAAGCUGUACCUACAAGUAAACAUGUUAUAAGUGCUUUAGUAAUUGGAAAUGAAGCUUUAACUAUGGAGGGGCUUUGUGAUAGAGAUAUAGCUGAAGGUAUAACAAGCCUUCUAAGAACGACAUCAGGAAAUAAUAACAUUCCUUAUCCAGUUACAAUACUAAGGUCGCAUUGGACCGCUGAUCCAUAUUUUUAUGGAGCUUAUUCUUUUGAAUGUCAAUGCAGCGAUGGUCAGGUACAAAGAGCGUUAGCAUGUCCCUUACCCGGACCAAGUGAACCAAUUCCUCCUAUCCUUUUAUUUGCGGGAGAAGCAACUGUUCCUGGUCAUUUUGCUACAGUCGAUGGCGCAAGAAUAAGUGGUGUCAGGGAAGCUGAGAGAAUUGUACAGUUAACUUUACGCUAUAGAGGACCACCACUUCCAGCAUGCAUACCAAUGAAUAAUAAUCAGAUGGUUGUUCAGUGUUCG